AUGAAUUCUUUUGACAAUUCAAUCUUUGAACAAUACCCAACAAGAAUGAGUUCUUUGUGGAAUUAAGGCUAACCUACUUACUCAUAGAUUGAUCACCAAUUACGACAAUCUUUUAAUGAUAAUCCAAUCUACAUAAAGGAUCAGUUUGAUGAAUUUGUAGGCAGACCUUAAUACUAGUUAGUUAAUUAAUACUUAGUGUCAAAUAAUUGUUAUGUUAAUAUGAGUAAUCUGUACUUAAAGAGAGUAACCCAUAACUAAGUAAUAAUUUUAUUUCAUCCAUAGGUUUAAGGCUUGUAAUUGUCAGGAAAAAACGAAUUUUUAUAAUUGUUCGGUGAAUAACGAGUAAUUUAAAAGUGGAAAACUUACAUGGCUAAAUACACAAUCCAAAGACACUUUUAGAAACAUUAUAAGAUACUCAAACUGAUAGGAUAAGGAUCCCAUGCUAAAGUGUAUAAAAUAUAGAGAAAAUAAGAUUCAAACAUUUUUGCUNCUUAAGUUUUUGAUAUUUUUAUUAAUUACUUUGAUGAUUCCAAUUGUUUUAAUAUCAUUAUAUGA